UUUCCGUCGAUCUCUUUUUACAUUAAACCCCAAAACGGUUCGAGUCGCCUUGUUUCUCUUACUUUUCUUCAUUUCCUCAGAUUUAUAGAUCUAAAAGGUUUCUAGGUCAGCUCAUUUGUUUUGUACUGCCGGGAACAUCCACAGCCGUGACUCCGCGGCCGUCGUCGACCGCUCGCCUGACUCCGCCACUAUUGCAUCAAGUUAUUCAUGCUUUGCUCACGGUAAAGAGGUUGCUAGAGUAACUGGAAUCGUAUCUCUCUAUCUCUCUGCAUUUUGGGGUUGAUUGGAAUAGAGCCCAGCCAUGAGUGGCCACGAUUCAAAGUAUUUCUCGACCACCAAGAAGGGUGAAAUCCCUGAACUCAAAGAAGAACUCAAUUCACAGUAUAAGGAUAAGAGAAAAGAUGCUGUUAAAAAGGUGAUUGCUGCAAUGACGGUUGGAAAGGAUGUGUCAUCACUAUUCACAGAUGUGGUGAAUUGUAUGCAAACGGAGAAUUUGGAGCUUAAAAAGUUGGUUUACUUAUAUCUUAUAAAUUAUGCUAAAAGCCAGCCUGAUCUUGCAAUACUUGCUGUAAAUACAUUUGUUAAGGAUUCACAAGAUCCAAAUCCUCUGAUUCGAGCGUUGGCUGUGCGAACAAUGGGUUGCAUUCGUGUUGACAAAAUUACUGAGUAUUUAUGUGAUCCUCUUCAGAGAUGUCUAAAGGAUGAUGAUCCUUAUGUUCGCAAGACAGCAGCCAUUUGCGUGGCCAAACUUUAUGACAUAAAUGCUGAGCUAGUCGAAGACAGGGGUUUUUUGGAAUCUCUCAAGGAUUUGAUUUCUGACAAUAAUCCAAUGGUUGUAGCAAAUGCUGUGGCAGCCCUUGCAGAGAUUCAAGAGAAUAGUAGCAGACCUAUCUUUGAGAUCACUAGCCACACACUGUCAAAGCUGCUUACUGCUUUAAAUGAGUGCACAGAGUGGGGCCAAGUUUUUAUAUUGGAUGCUCUAUCUAGAUACAAGGCAGCUGAUGCUCGUGAAGCUGAAAAUAUAGUGGAGCGAGUUACUCCACGACUACAACAUGCUAACUGCGCAGUUGUACUUUCAGCUGUUAAGAUGAUCCUCCAACAAAUGGAGCUUAUCACUAGCACUGAUGUUGUUCGAAAUCUUUGCAAGAAGAUGGCUCCUCCUCUUGUCACGUUACUUUCUGCAGAACCCGAAAUACAAUAUGUUGCAUUGCGGAACAUCAACCUAAUUGUACAGAGAAGGCCUACUAUCCUGGCACAUGAAAUUAAGGUGUUUUUCUGCAAGUACAAUGAUCCAAUUUAUGUGAAGAUGGAGAAGCUAGAGAUCAUGAUAAAACUUGCUUCAGACAGAAAUAUAGACCAAGUCCUAUUGGAGUUCAAAGAGUACGCCACAGAAGUAGACGUGGAUUUUGUUAGAAAGGCUGUUCGUGCCAUUGGCCGCUGUGCAAUCAAGUUGGAGAGGGCAGCUGAGCGAUGCAUCAGUGUCCUACUAGAGCUGAUUAAAAUUAAAGUCAACUAUGUGGUUCAAGAGGCUAUUAUAGUGAUCAAAGACAUCUUUAGAAGAUACCCUAACACUUAUGAAUCAAUCAUUGCUACUCUUUGUGAGAGCUUAGACACUUUGGAUGAGCCUGAAGCUAAGGCUUCCAUGAUCUGGAUAAUUGGUGAAUAUGCGGAAAGAAUUGAUAAUGCUGAUGAGCUCCUGGAAAGCUUCUUGGAAAGUUUCCCCGAAGAGCCUGCACAAGUCCAGUUGCAAUUAUUGACUGCAACUGUGAAGCUCUUUCUUAAAAAGCCAACUGAGGGCCCUCAGCAGAUGAUUCAGGUUGUUUUAAAUAAUGCAACUGUAGAAACAGAUAAUCCUGAUUUACGGGAUCGUGCUUACAUAUAUUGGCGACUGCUAUCUACUGAUCCUGAGGCUGCCAAGGAUGUUGUGCUGGCUGAGAAGCCUGUGAUCAGUGAUGAUUCAAACCAACUUGAUUCAUCUCUUCUUGACGAGCUUCUUGCCAACAUCGCUACAUUGUCCUCUGUGUAUCACAAGCCUCCGGAAGCUUUUGUAACCCGUGUGAAGACAACAGCACAGAGAACUGAAGAAGAAGAGUAUCCUGAUGGGGGUGAACCAGGGUAUUCAGAGUCACCUGCUCAUAAUGCUGAUGGUGCUGCAUCACCACAAACCAGUUCUAGUAGUGUUCCAUAUGCUGGAGAAAGGCAACCUGCCCCUGCGCCUCAAGCUGCUGUUCCUGUGCCCGAUUUACUUGGAGACCUGAUAGGCCUGGAUAACAGUGCUAUCGUCCCUGUUGACCAGCUAUCAACUCCUGCUGGGCCUCCUUUGCCAGUGUUGGUACCGGCAUCAGUUGGUCAUGGUUUACAAAUAAGUGCACAAUUGAUACGAAGAGAUGGCCAAAACUUCUAUAGCUUAUUGUUUGAGAACAAUUCACAGAUUCCCCUUGAUGGGUUCAUGAUUCAGUUCAACAAGAAUACAUUUGGUCUGUCAGCUGCUGGACCUUUGCAGAUUCCACAAUUACAACCUGGGACAUCAGCGGCAACUCUGCUGCCCAUGGUAUUGUUCCAGAACAUAGCUCCUGGUCCUCCAAACUUACUCUUGCAAGUAGCUGUAAAAAAUAAUCAGCAGCCAGUAUUGUACUUCAAUGACAAAAUUUCAUUGCAUGUGUUCUUCACUGAGGAUGGGAGGAUGGAACGUGGAACCUUCCUAGAGACAUGGAGGUCCCUACCAGAUUCAAACGAGGUCUCGAAAGACUUCCCAGGCAUUGUGGUGAACAGCGUAGAAGCCACUUUAGACCGAUUCGCUUCAUCAAAUUUGUUCUUUAUUGCAAAGCGAAAGCAUGCCAAUCAAGAUGUAUUCUAUUUCUCUACUAAAAUUUCUGGAGGAAUACCCUUUUUGGUUGAACUCACCACAGCUGUCGGAACACCAGGGGUUAAGUGUGCAGUCAAAACACCAAAUCCUGACAUGGCACCACUUUUCUUUGAAGCUGUUGAGACUCUUCUCACAAAUUAAUCUUGUUUCUUGUAUCAUCCUUCUUUUUCUUCUUUGUUUUCUAUUUUUUUUUUCAACAAUUUUUGUUUUAUAUAUGUAAAAUCUGAAUUGAGUAGUGAGGUUUUGAUCGAUAAUUCUUGUUUUGUUAGGUUUUCUUUUUUAUUCUUUGCAUUUGUAUUAACCUGAAUCAUACAUUCUUCUUGUAUGAAUUUUCUUUUUUAAAAAUUUGAACUUUUUCUAAUGACUAAA